AUGGCGAACGAUCGCUGGCCGUCGAAGCUAUCAAAGUUAUCAGUCCGAGCAAAACACACUAAUCUCUACCGCGGGAUUCUAAUCGCGAUCCUCUGCACCGCCUCAUACCUCGCCGGAGUAUGGCAACACUCCGGCAGAGGAGUCUCACGCGGCACUCUCUCCGUCACUUCCUCGCCGCCCUGCACGUUUCCUCACCAAACCGCACCUCUUCUCACCUUCGCUUCCCGUCACACAAUUCCUGAUCCUCCCCCGCUGUCGACGGCGGAGCGUGUGGUUCAAAUCCCGCCGUGCGGUGUCGAAUUCUCGGAGUAUACGCCGUGCGAGUUCGUGAACCGGGCUUUAAGUUUCCCGAGAACGAGACUGAUAUACAGAGAGAGACACUGUCCCCAAAAAAACGAGAUGCUCCGGUGCCGGAUUCCAGCUCCGUUCGGUUACACGAUACCUUUCCGGUGGCCGGAGAGCCGUGACGUGGCGUGGUUCGCAAACGUGCCACACACGGAACUAACGGUGGAGAAGAAGAAUCAGAACUGGGUAAGGUAUGAGAAGGAUAGGUUUUUAUUUCCUGGUGGUGGUACGAUGUUUCCACGUGGAGCUGAUGCCUACAUCGACGAGAUCGGACGGUUGAUAAAUCUCAAGGAUGGAUCCAUUCGGACAGCCAUUGAUACUGGAUGUGGGGUAGCGAGUUUUGGGGCGUAUCUAAUGUCGAGGAACAUAGUAACCAUGUCGUUUGCGCCAAGAGACACACACGAAGCUCAGGUUCAGUUCGCACUCGAGAGAGGAGUUCCUGCGAUCCUCGGAGUCUUAGCCUCCAUUAGGCUCCCAUUUCCGGCCAGAGCCUUCGACAUGGCUCAUUGCUCUCGUUGUCUCAUCCCGUGGGACCAAUACAAUGGGACGUAUCUGAUAGAAGUGGAUAGGGUAUUGAGACCAGGAGGCUAUUGGAUUCUGUCGGGACCGCCUAUUAACUGGCAGAGACAUUGGAAGGGUUGGGAGAGAACCAGAGACGAUCUCAACUCGGAGCAGUCUCAGAUCGAGAAGGUCGCUAGAAGCUUGUGUUGGAAGAAACUUGUACAAAGAGAUGAUCUUGCGGUUUGGCAGAAACCAACCAACCAUAUUCACUGUAAACGCAAUCGGAUUGCUCUAAAACGACCUCCCUUUUGCCACAGGACACAACCUGACCAGGCCUGGUACACUAAGCUUGAGGAAUGUUUGACACCGUUACCGGAAGUAACAGGAACUGAGAUCAAAGAAGUAGCCGGUGGGAAGUUAGCGAGAUGGCCAGAGAGAUUAAACGCUGUUCCUCCGAGGAUCAUGAGUGGAAGCUUGAACGGGAUCACUGAGGAUGAUUUUUUCAGAAACACAGAGACAUGGCAAAUAAGAGUUUCUUACUACAAGAGCUUUGACCAUCAGCUAGCGGAGACAGGAAGGUACAGAAACAUACUUGACAUGAACGCUUACCUUGGAGGUUUUGCUUCAGCUUUAGUCGAUGAUCCUGUCUGGGUCAUGAACGUUGUCCCUGUGGAGGCUAAUGUCAACAACACCCUUGGAGUGAUCUAUGAGCGUGGCUUGAUCGGAACGUACCAAAACUGGUGUGAAGCGAUGUCAACUUAUCCAAGGACGUACGAUUUUGUUCAUGCGGAUUCGGUAUUUAGUCUGUACAAAGACAGAUGUGACAUGGAAGAUAUUUUAUUAGAAAUGGACAGGGUUCUUAGACCAAAGGGAAGCGUGAUCAUCAGAGACGACAUCGAUCUGUUAACCAAAGUGAAGAAGAUAGCAGAUGCGAUGCAAUGGGAAGGGAGAAUAGUAGAUCAUGAGGACGGACCUCUUGAAAGAGAGAAGAUUUUGUUUCUUGUCAAGAACUAUUGGACCGCGCCUGCGCCUGAUCAGUCAUAA